GAGAAGAACGCCAAUUGCGCGAUGUGCCAUCUCUAGCGCGAAAUAAGCAACGCUAAAAAAAGCAAUAGCAAAAAAGCAAAGCAAGAGCAUCGGAGCUGGGAAAAUUCGCACAGCUCAAGCAAAAGCCCGUGGAGGAGGAUUGGUUUCUGGAGAAGAUUGGGUGGCGGAGAUCCCAAAAGGAGAAGAUCCUGCCGCACACACUCGCUAUCCCUUCAUAUCGAGUGUGCAGGGGUGUGUGCGUGCGUGUUUUUACACCUACACAACAAUUCCAACUGUGUGUGGAAGUGUGUGUGCGUGUGCAUCUCGACGAGAACUAUCGAAAAUCGCUCUUUUUUUGGGUAAACAAAAACAAAACAAUUAGAUGUGAGCAGCAGGAUCGUAAGGAUACGGAUCGGAUCAAGAUACAGAUCCGGAUCAGGAGCACAAGCCCAGUGAAUCCGCACCAGAAGCAUCAGCAGCAUUAGCAGCACCAGCAGCAGCACCAACGGCCCCAGUGAAGCAACAUGUCCUCGUCGACGUCAGAGCGCAAGCGCUACCACAAGGACAACGCGCCCACGGACGACAUCCUUACGCUGAUCAACCUGGUGCGCCAGAAUCCAGCCCUCUACAACUACAAACUGCAGCCAAACCAGCGACGCCGCUCCGAUGUCCUUAAUGGAUGGCAGGAGGUCGCCCAGCAGAUAGGAAACAAGUACACGGUGCAGGAGGUGCGGCGCAAGUGGAAGAACCUGCGGGACACGUUCCACCAGUACCGCCUGCGCACGCCCAAGUACAUCGAGGGUCGGCUGUCCAAGUGGCGCUACGCCAAGGAGCUGGACUUCCUGUCGACGGUGUACCAGCCCAAGCUGAAGUCACACCGGAACACCCAGAGUGGCUAUGAGGCAAGCGGAGGAGGAGCAGGAGCAGGAGGAGGCGGUGGCGUGGGAGGCGGCAAUAGCACCAGUUUGCCAAUUGGGUCGAUGCUGCAUCUCAAGCAGCAUGUGGACGACGACGAUGACGAGAUGGUGGACGACGAUGGGCAGUCAGAUCACGAUACGGGCACGCUAUCCUCGCAUCACGGCACCUCGCAGAUCACAUUGGUCAGCGACGAGGCGGAGACCUUUAUCCUGACCGCCUACGAGGAGGGCGUCUCGGAUGACACUGUCUCGCCGCACCACCAUCACCAUCAUCAUGGCCACCACCACCACCAGCAGCAGCAGCAGCAGCAUCACCACCACCACCAGCCGCACCACCAUCACCACCAUCAUCAUCAGUCGCAGCACGAUGGCAGCAUCUCCAGCAUUGAGCUCUCCCAGAUUGCCCACGAUGACGAUGUGGUCGACGAUGUGGACGACGACGACGAUGUCGUGGAUCACGAUGGCCAGGUGGACAUUGUGAAGCAUGAACUGGACGAGGACGGAGCCACCGGCGCCGAGGUGGACUACGAGGAGGUUUGCCUGUACGAAGAGGCCAGCGGUGCCCAUGUGGAUUGCGAAAUGGGCGUGGGCGAUGCCGUGGAUGGCGGCAGCGAUGUCACCCACGGCAAGGGCUUCCACUACAUCGAUGCGCAUGACUUUUGCAUAUCGGACAUUGAGCCGCAGACGGUUCGCUCCAGCCAGCAUCAGUUUUCGAGCAGCAGCGGAUCGGGCAAUGCCUCGAACAGUGUCCUCGCCGGUGGCACUGUUGUGGCCGAUGGCAAGCUCAAGAAUCUCACGCUGGUCACCACCACGGCCACAUCGGCGGCAGGAGGAGGCGGUGGGCCAUCCAAUCGGCACGAUUCCUCGGUGUCCACACAGCAGAUUUCCCUGGUGGAUGUGACCGAGGCCACCAGUACCAGCGUGACGAUUUCCAGCACACCGGCGAUUUCGCUGAAUGCCGCCACGGUGACCACCACACCGGCAGCGGCACUGUGCAACACCACAUCCUUCACAUCCACGCCGACGGCCACGAUCCUUCAGCUGCCGUCCCUGAGUUGCGGAUCCGGAUCCGGAUCCGGCCAGCCAUUGGCCGUCAGUGCGGCGGCCAGCAGCUCCAACAAUCUCGUCAAGGAGGACGAGCUGCUCCAGCAGCAUCAAGUGGCCCAGGCGCUGGCCAAACGUGAUGAGCUCGAUCUGUUCUUCGACUUCCUCAAGAAGAAGAUGCAGUGCUUCAGCAAGACGCAGAUCACGCACAUUCAGAUGGAGUUCCUCAAUUGCGUCAGUCGGCAGGAGGUGGCCGAGCAGGAUGGCAAGGACUAGAGACACCCUUGCUACUCCUCUGAUGCCCUUCCCCCCUCCCCCACACACACACACACACACACACACACAAUCCCCCGAUGCCCGAGUAGUUGCUUAGUUUUUUCCAUGUAUAGGAUUAGGACCCGUACCGUUUACCAGUUUGCAAGUUCGCGGCUUCCGUGUUCUUCAGUUAGCUUUACCCUCACACCCACAAUCCACAGCAAAUCGCGUGUACACAUAUAUAUACAUAUACAUAUAUAUAUAUAUAUAUAUAUAACCCAGCGUUAUAUAAACAAUUGUAAUUGAAUAUAAGUGUAAAAUAAAUCGAUUCUCGAAAA